GUUUUUGUAUAAAUACAAAGGCAGACCAUUUUGCUCUGCCAUUUACAGAUUUCUAGGGUUUCUUCCUCUCUGUAUCUGUUUUCAAAACUCGCCGUCGCCAUGGGAAGGAGACCUGCUAGAUGUUACCGUCAGAUCAAGAAUAAGCCGUACCCAAAAUCACGUUACUGCCGUGGUGUGCCAGACCCUAAAAUCAGAAUUUAUGACGUUGGGAUGAAGAAGAAAGGAGUCGAUGAGUUCCCCUUCUGUGUGCAUUUGGUUUCAUGGGAGAAAGAGAACGUCUCCAGUGAAGCUCUUGAGGCUGCACGUAUUGCAUGCAACAAGUACAUGACAAAGUUUGCCGGAAAAGAUGCUUUCCAUUUGAGGGUUAGGGUGCAUCCUUUCCAUGUUCUUCGGAUCAACAAGAUGCUUUCAUGUGCUGGAGCUGAUAGGCUUCAAACUGGUAUGAGGGGUGCUUUUGGAAAGCCUCAGGGUGUUUGUGCUAGAGUGGCCAUUGGACAGGUACUUCUGUCUGUUCGUUGCAAGGAUGGUAACAGUCAUCAUGCACAAGAGGCUCUCCGUCGUGCCAAGUUCAAGUUCCCUGGUCGUCAAAAGAUUAUUGUCAGCAGGAAGUGGGGCUUCACCAAGUUCAACCGAACUGACUAUGUGAGGUUGAAGUCAGAGAAUCGUAUCUUGGCUGAUGGUGUCAAUGCUAAGCUUCUUGGAUGCCAUGGUCGAUUAGCCAACCGUCAGCCUGGACAAGCAUUUUUGACGGCAGCUGAGUAAGCACGUUGAAGGAUUAUCUCCUAAAAAGCUUUGCUGCUAGAGCUCUUUUAUUAUUGUAAUGUUUUGUAGCAACUUGUUUGAAUUAAUUUUAAGGAUAUUAUAUGGAUUUUGUUGGUUUAAUCUUUUGUUUGGAAAUUGAUACCGACUUGCUA